AUGGCCCCUGAUAUCGACUUGGACGGCUUUGCCAAUGCCGUGCAUGAGAGCAUAGACGCAAUUCAGCCAUGGGUCAAUGCUAGAUCCGACCUCCCAGUCGUACAGGGGACACUGGCGACAUUGCAACAGCAGGUCUGGCAGUACUGUGCCAAUGUCAAAGACUCUGCUGGCGCCGCCAGCUCUGGUGCAAGGUUUGCGGAACAGGCUCAGCAGCUGUGUACAUACCUGUUGGACAAGUCUACUCCGACGUUCCGCAUUAGACGACAUAUCGAUGAUAUGAAGAAGGUAGCGAGACAGGCACAACAGGAAGCACACGCAACGACCCUGUCGUUUCGAGAAUCCAGGAGAAGCCUCAAUGAGGCAAAAGAAGCCAAGUCUGACGCAAAAGCCUCUGCAAUCGUCAAAUCUAUUCUUUUCCCGCUCGGUAUCCCUUGGUUCAUUGAAAAGGCUGAAAGAAAGCGUGCCGAAGCACGCUGGGUAAUGCAAGACAGCAUGGUCCAAGCGAAUCAAUGCGCCGCUUCCCGCGUGGUUCUGUCUCAACUAUCCGGCAGCAUUGAGCACAUGGCUCACCACAUCGAGAGCCUCACGAAUUGGUGGAUCGAAGUCGAGACCGCUCUCAACUCUAUUGCCGAAAAUGUUGAGAUCAUUCAAGGGGACGGGUACCAUAAGCUCCGCCUCAUCCAGUUGCGAAAGCGAUGGUUCAAGCUGAGAGGGGAAUAUUUACGAUACACGCAAGAGCUCGACUGA